UAUGUCUGCCGUGUUGGGGCAUUGUCUCCUACUCCCACCGAAUAAUCCAUUGGCUGGAACAUGCAGCGUGCACACACAAAGUCGGUUAAAUUAACAGUAUCAUUUAUGUUAUUCGGGGACUUAAUGACAGUAGGCCUAUGAAUAUCAAUAAACCGCAUUACGGUCAAUCCUCCGCAGAGCUCACAAGGUACGCGGAAAGUUGAUGAGCCAAGAUCGCCAUGCGCCGUAGACAGUUGCCAUGACAGCGGAGGAGACUAUCAACAUCAAGGAGGUGGAGGUGAUCAAGUUGAUGCUGGACUUCCUCAACUCCAGGAAGCUCCACAUCAGCAUGCUGGCACUGGAGAAGGAGAGCGGGGUCAUCAACGGGCUCUACUCUGACGACAUGCUCUUCCUCAGGCAGCUGAUUCUGGAUGGCCAAUGGGAUGAGGUUUUACAGUUUAUUCAACCGUUGGAGAGUAUGGACAAGUUUGACAAAAAGAGGUUCCGCUACAUCGUUCUGAAGCAGAAGUUUCUGGAGGCCUUGUGUGUGAACAAUGCUAUGUCAGCAGCGGACGACCCGAAGAACCUGGAGCUGUCCAUGCAGGAAGCAGUCCGGUGUCUUCACUGCCUAGAGGUCUUAUGUCCCUCCAAAGACGACUACAGCAAACUGUGCCUGCUCCUCACCCUUCCGCGCCUCACCCACCACGCUGAGUUUAAGGACUGGAACCCCAGCACGGCCCGGGUGCAGUGUUUUGACGAGGCCUGCGCCAUGGUGGCUGAGUUCAUCCCUGCCGACAGGAAGCUGAGUGAGGCCGGUUUCCGGGCCAGUGGCAACCGUCUCUUCCAGCUGCUCAUCAAAGGAGUGCUUUAUGAGUGUUGUGUGGAGUUCUGUCAGAGCAAAGCCACCGGGGAGGAGAUCAGCGAGGGCGAGGUGCUUCUGGGCGUGGACGUGCUGUGCGGCAACGGCUGUGACGAACUCGACCUCUCCCUGCUAUCGUGGCUCCAGAACCUCUCGCCGGGCGCCUUCUCCUGCGCCUUCCAACAGAAGACCCUGGCCAUCCACGUGGACCGCCUGGUCAAGCCCCCGAAGGCGGGCCACGCCGACCUGCUGACGCCCCUCAUCAGCCGGCUGUCCCCCUCGCCCCUGCAGAGGCCCCUGUCGGCAGACAAUUACAUGUCGCGGUCCUUGAACCCAGCGCUGGAUGGUCUCUCCCACGGCCUGGCGGCCCAGGAGAAGAGGGGCACGGAGGGCAGCGGUCAGCCGGCGCUCAGCCGCAGCCUGGUGGAGAGUACCAGGCCCCAGCUGGACGAUGACUCGCCAGAGAGGAUCCUGCCACCGGUUCUGGGCUCCGGUGGAGCCAGCGCCACACGCGCCCCUCUGGCCCCCGGUCGGGACGGUGGACCACCAAACAUUAACGAGAAAGAGGCUGACAGCGAGCAGGUCCAGGAGUACUACAGACAGCGUCUCCGGGUCCAGCAGCACCUGGAACAGAAGCUUCAGCAGAGGCAGAUGUAUCAGCAGAUGCUCCUGGAGGGAGGAGUCCAGAACCAGGAAGGGCCAGACGACCAGCACAACCUCACAGAGAAGUUCCUCAACAGGUCCAUCCAGAAGCUGGAGGAGAUGAACGUAAAGAUGGACAGCGUGGAGGAGGAUGUCCAGUCUUUGAGCCAGCAGUGUAAAGGAGUUACGGGGAAGACCAACUGUACCCCCUCUGUCCCACCGAGGCCCCCCUCUGGUACCCAGACGCCUGAUACCGGAGCCUUCCAGGACAAGACCCCGGUGGUCAGCAGUACCCCUCUUUCAGGGUCACGGGGGAGCAUGCUCUCCCUAACCGAGUCCCCCGUAGAGAACACUCAGGGCGCUCAGAGGAACAGAGCCACUCUGCUGAAGGUCCAGGAUGACUCGAGUUUCGCUACGAUGCGCCACAACGCCCAGGAGAAGGAGAACCCCAAGGCCCAGUUUGUGGCGGUGAACAGCCUGGAGGACACCCAGGCAGUGCGUGCCGUGGCCUUCCACCCAACGGGGGCGCUGUACGCCGUGGGCUCCAACUCCAAAACCCUGCGUGUCUGUGCCUACCCGGAGUCCAUCAGCACCAGUGGUGCAGGUUCGACGAAGCAGCCUGUGGUUCGCUUCCGGAGGAACAAGCAUCACAAGGGCUCCAUUUACUGUGUGGCCUGGAGCCACUGCGGGCAGCUGCUGGCCACCGGCUCCAACGACAAAUAUGUCAAAGUCCUGCCUUUCAACGCAGACACGUGCAACGCCACAGGGCCCGACCUGGAGUUCAGUAUGCACGACGGAACCAUCCGAGACCUGGCGUUCAUGGAGGGUCCGGAGAGUGGCGGGUCCAUCCUGAUUAGCGCUGGCGCCGGAGACUGUAACAUCUACACCACGGACUGUCAGAGAGGACAGGGUCUCCAUGCUCUCAGCGGACACACUGGACACAUCCUGUCUCUUUACACAUGGGGCGGCUGGAUGAUUGCCUCAGGCUCCCAGGAUAAGACGGUCCGUUUCUGGGACCUCCGAGUUCCCAGCUGUGUCCGGGUGGUGGGGACGGCCCUGCAUGGCUCCGGCAGCGCUGUGGCCUCGGUCGCAGUGGACCCCACCUCUCGUCUCCUAGCAACGGGCCAGGAGGACAGUAGCUGCAUGCUCUACGACAUACGUGGGGGUCGGAUGGUGCAGACCUACCGUCCACACACCAGUGACGUGCGGUCUGUUCGCUUCUCCCCCGGAGCGCACUACCUGCUCACGGGUUCCUAUGACAACAAAGUUGUAAUCACAGACCUGCAAGGGGACCUGACAAAGCAGCUUCCCCUGACAGUGGCUGCAGAGCAUGGGGAUAAGGUCAUCCAGUGUAGGUGGCAUACACACGACCUCUCCUUCCUGUCCUCCUCGGCAGACAGGACGGUCACACUCUGGGCCCAGAGUCCCUGACACGGUGGGAACUCUACGGCACCUAAAUCUGUACCUGGGACCACCGGUCAGCACAUGCACAACACCGUCCACAUCCUGGAAAUAUCCGGACGCUGUAGCCCCCCCAUCCCCCUAACCCCACCCAAACCCCGGGUCUUAGGUGUGUGUGUGUGUGUGUUUGUGCACUUCGUGCUAUUAUGUCAAUUCACACCAUCUGUCUUCACAGGAGACGUCGCUGUCGUGUAACUUACUGCAAAUGCUUUUAGCCUUUCUUGAGUCGGUGCCUCCGGCCUCGCCGUGGUGCAGUUAUCCAAGCUAUACACACCCGCCUCCAUUUGACUAACAAUGAAAACGACUCUGUGGUCCUGUUUGACAGUUAGCAGUCAGAUGUAUGUUAGGUUCGUAGUCGACAUUUGCUUAAAAGCUCACAUUAAUCACUAGCUGUUCUGACGGAUGCAAAAUGGCUUUUUUAGUCCAUUCAAGAUACAUUGAUGUGAAUCAUAUUGUGCCUCUGGUAAUGUUCUGAAUUGGUUCAGUUUCCAGAAGAAUGCAUGAUGGCCGACGAUCGUAUCAAAGGCUUUAUCUUGAAGUGUUCUCUUUUAACAGCUUGUAACGUUAGUGUUGUCCUGUAGGAUUGAAAAUGAUCCGAACAGAUCGUUGUUAGUAACGUGCCGCUUACCGAAGAUCACUAACAUGGGAAUAUUUAAAGUGGAGUUUUUGAAGUGUAAGUUAAUCCCUUUUUUAUGUUGGGAAAUUGUCUGGGUUUUCAUCUACACAAUGUGGAUUUUUGUAAAUGAAUUGUAAACAUGUUCUUUGGGGAUCUUUUUUGUAAUAUUGUAAUGUAAUAUUGUAAUUGAUGGUUAAGUUAAUGUACAUUAUUUGAGUUUAAGCUUGUUUGUUUAGAAAAUUAUUGGUUUUCUGACUGUAUGAUGGUUGUUUCUGCACAGCAAUGAUGAACAUUAUGAAAAAGCACACCUGUGCAUGGGAAUAUGCAGCGGCGUUAGAGAAAUGUCAUUUUGAAUUUACUCGAAUCAUAUCUCAUGGCACUAAUAUCACUUCAUAAGAGUUCCUACCUUUAAGCAGAGGGCAGGUUUUAACAGCACAUUAAAGAACUUUGUAAAAAAUGUGAAGACUUUUGUGUAGAAAGACCGAUUCAUUCACUUUGUUUUGCACUGUAUUAGAACCGAGUCUAAGCAACAACUGCACACUGAAAGAGUUUGCAGGAGAAUGCCAGUGUCAGAUUUGCCAGUGUCAGAUUUGCCAGUGUCAGAUUUGCCAGUGUCAGAUUUGCCAGUGUCAGAUUUGCCAGUGUCAGAUUUGCCAGUGUCAGAUUUGCCAGUGUCAGAUUUGCCAGUGUCAGAUUUGCCAGUGUCAGAUUUGCCAGUGUCAGAUUUGCCAGUGUCAGAUUUGCCAGUGUCAGAUUUGCCAGUGUCAGAUUUGCCAGUGUCAGAUUUGCCAGUGUCAGAUUUGCCAGUGUCAGAUUUGCCAGUGUCAGAUUUGCCAGUGUCAGAUUCGCCAGUGUCAGAUUCGCCAGUGUCAGUUUGUCUGCACUUUAGCAUUUCAAGGGUACAAUAUAUUUUUCAUUUUAUUUGUCAUUUUGAUUUUGUGUUACUCAAUACAAAAUAAAAGUAAAUGCGACA